CUCUCCCCUUCUUCCUCCUCGUCCCCGCCCUCCUCUCCCGACAUGGCGGCCCCCGCGGAACCCUGCGGGCUCACGGACGAGGCAGCCUAUGGUGCCUGCUCGGAGCCGGAUGCCAGCACCAAGGAUUUCAUAUUUCAGCAGACAAUGUUAAGAGUGAAGGAUCCUAAGAAGUCACUGGAUUUUUAUACAAGGGUACUUGGAAUGACACUGCUUCAAAAAUUUGACUUUCCUACUAUGAAGUUUUCACUCUAUUUCCUGGGGUAUGAAGAUAAAAACGAUAUCCCGAAAGAUAAAGCUGAGAGAACACCUUGGACCUUCUCUAGAAAAGCUACACUUGAACUGACACACAACUGGGGCACUGAAAAUGAUGACAGUCAGUCUUACCACAAUGGCAAUUCAGAUCCCCGAGGAUUUGGACACAUUGGAAUUGCUGUUCCUGAUGUUUAUAAAGCUUGUAAGAGGUUUGAAGAACUAGGAGUGAAAUUUGUGAAGAAACCAGAUGAUGGUAAAAUGAAAGGACUUGCAUUUGUUCAGGAUCCUGAUGGCUACUGGAUUGAAAUUUUGAAUCCUAAUCACAUGGUGACUCUCACUUAGUUCUAGUGAAGUAUAUUGCAUAAGAGACCCACUUUCAGACUCCUGGAGAAAAUCUGUAACAGUGUUUGUGAAAAUUGCUUAAUAGAGAGGAAUCAGUCACAUUCAGAGUCUCCUCCAAAACUAUCCCCUGGGAGCUAACUUGGAUUCCUUUUCUCUUGUCCUGUGAUGCCACUGCAAAUUGUUACCAGUUACGAAUAUUCAAUCAUUUUCUGGAAGAGCACUUACACAGAUUCUCUUCUUGAACAUUGAUUAUGUUAAUAUUUUAAUAAACACUGUCAAAAAAUAUGUGACCAGAAGCUCACUGCAUCUCACACUGAUUAUAUUUAAACUAGCAACAACUCCUGUGUUACUACUGAUGAGCAUCAACGAGGAGGUAAAAAGAAACUUCAGUAUAUUUUUUAUGAAGUCAAAAGAUCCUGAAGGCUUCAUGUCCUAUCUUGCAUGCUAGAAAAUAAAAUGUCAGGCUAAUUUUGACUGGAGUAGUAGCAUGCUUAUAAAAGUCAUAAUCUUACUUACAUUAUUCCAGGCAAAACUCUUUUAAAGAGAAGCUUUAAACAGUCUUGCAAAAAGAAAUUUUAUAGAGGGAUAAAUCUGUACAGCAGAAAGAAUUCAGUCUUUCAGCUCAGCUUCUGACUGCUGAUUGAUAGCCAAGAGAAGAGGUCUCAUAGUUGCUAACUCACAGUAGCCCUUGUCUUUUUCAACAGGAAGAACUUGCUCAUAAUUUUUGUUUCAGUAGAAGCCUGGGACUAUAUUUGACUUUAAUUUUUUAAGGCAGACUAUACAGAGAAUUUAUGAAAAAGAGUAUCUGAAACAACUAGACAUUUGAUUGCCCUCCUAAAACAAGUGAUGGUACAUACCUGCAAGCAGAAGGAAAAUAUGUAGCAUUUCCAUGUGUUAACACAAAUUAUAAAACCUCUGCAUUGUCUUUUUCUGGUUUGAGUAGCACUUAAUGUCUUCAGUUAUGUGGCUAUCAAAUAACAUGUAGUGUAACCAAAGGCUAAUAAAUAGUGUAAAGGCAUUGCAGUUCACUUCCCAAUAAAGCACUGGUGAAAGCUACAAAAAAUUUUAAAGCA